UUAGGGUUAACUAUGUAAAUUUCAGUUCACCACUCUGCAAAACCCUAAUCCCACCUGGUAGAUAUAAAAACGAAACGGUGCCGCCAUUCCUCACUCUGCAGCAGCAACUUUAAACGCCGAAGAAAGUUCAUCCAAUCUCCGAAGCCCUUCACCGCAUUGCAACCAUGUCGAGAAGAAAGGUUAGAGAGCCAAAAGAAGAAAACGUGACUCUGGGCCCAGCUGUUAGAGAUGGCGAACAUGUCUUUGGCGUCGCUCGCAUCUUUGCCUCCUUCAAUGAUACCUUCAUUCAUGUCACUGAUCUGUCCGGGAGGGAAACACUUGUACGCAUCACAGGUGGAAUGAAGGUUAAGGCUGACAGGGAUGAAUCGUCUCCCUAUGCUGCUAUGCUUGCUGCACAGGACGUUGCUGCCAGAUGCAAGGAACUGGGCAUAACUGCUCUUCAUAUCAAGCUCCGUGCGACGGGUGGAAACAAGACAAAAACACCUGGUCCUGGUGCUCAAUCAGCUCUUCGUGCCCUUGCUCGCUCUGGAAUGAAAAUUGGCCGCAUAGAGGAUGUGACCCCCAUUCCUUCCGAUAGCACACGUAGAAAGAGUGGUAGAAGGGGUAGAAGGCUUUAAGGUUCUCGUGGUAUUUUAAUUUCCAUGUCAAACAGAAUUGUGGCAUUUUGAAAUUUUGCUUAAGUUAAUAUAAGAACUUCUAUUGUAUUUCUUGAGGUUUUGAACAGAAUUUAGUUGGUACAUUUAGGCAUUAUUGUCAGAGAUUGUUGAAAGUUUUGCAUGUUGCUUCGUGGCUUGGAAAGGAUUGGAGUACUUGAUAGAAUGUUUUUCUUUGGAGAUAAGUCAACAAGACACAUGUUGGAGAUAAGUCACGUGUCUUGUUGACUUGAGAUAAGGUGUUAUUAUUUUAAAAUUCGAUUACCGUGAGAUAUUUUUGUUACUGGC